GAUUCAUGUCUCCAUACUGGAGCAAAGUAGAGCGCCACGUCCACGUCACGCAAAGUCUGUGUGUGAGACAGAAAGACUGAGGGUUCCGCGAGCUUCAGCUUUUCUUCCUUCGCUGAGUGAAAUUGUAAAAAGAACAAAAAAGCUCCAGACUGUCGUAAGGCGACGAGAAGAAGCAGGAGAGUAGGAGAGAAGAAGAACAGAAGAGAAAGCAGCCCCAGGUGAAAGCUCUAACUAACCACAAUGAGCAAAAUAGAUGGGUCACAGCAUGAUGAGCCUGCAUACUUAAAGAAUGAACCUCCAGCAGAUACAAAUAAAGACCACCCGCAGGCUCAGCCAGGCAUGUUUUCCAGAGUGACGGGAGGUCUCUUCAGUGUCACCAAGGGGGCUGUUGGGGCCACUGUUGGUGGGGUGGCCUGGAUUGGAGGAAAGGGCUUGGACCUCACUAAGACAGCGGUCACAUCUGUUGCUGCUGUUCCUGGCAUGGGAGUAGGAUUGGUGAAAGGGGGCGUGUCCGCGGUGGCCGGCGGAGUAACCGCAGUUGGUUCAGCAGUUGCUAAUAAAGUUCCCAUUGGAGGGGCCAAGAAGAAGGACAAGUCUGAUUGAGACGUCUGAAAUGCUGGGGGAGAUGCUGUCAUCAGUGACUUUAUUAUAUAGACUCUUCAGUGGGAUGACUGUUGGUUUGAUAUUCUGCAGAAUGAUUUGUUGAGAUCAGAUUUAUACACCAGAUCUGUUCUAUGAAUGAGCGACUUCAGUGUACUCAGAGCUUCCAUCUGCUUCUAAGAAGAAGGUGUUUUUGUGUCCUAAAUGGUAUAUUCUGGACCAUGACAAGGUAUGAAUGUUUUGAUCCGAGUAAGGGCAACAUAUUUUAAUUCCUGAAGUAUUAGUUGUGAACGUUUGGAGACUUGGGUGUUUAGUGAGGGACCACUGUAAAUUUGUCAUGUUUCACUAAGCCACAUUGCACCGGGUUUUGUGUCUUUUACCUUAAAUUAGGGAAUGAGAAUAUCUUUGAACCAUGAGCCAUAAGUUAAAUUAAGAACAUCAUUUGGGUAUCCCUCAGUGUACUACAGCAGAAAUUUUUGAGACUAGAUUGGCUUGAUUGAAAUGCUUUAUCUAUCGAUUUGGUUUUGUUUGAGGGAUUUCUUUUGGAGUCCAGGCUGAGCCAUGCUGCCCUCUCAUACAGCUUUACUCAUCAGUCUCUCUCUUUUCCACCUGCAAUGCGUAGAAGCCCUGAGUCUUCAGCCACAAGCUAAUGUGUUUACUGUGCACCAAAAACACAGCUACGGAGGUAUUCAUGUGAAAAUCUGAAUACUGGUAGCAAACAUUCCUAAGCAAAACGGUUUAAUAUUAUUAAGUGAAAUGGCUGUGUAGGUUAGAUUAUAAUAUUAAAAAAGCCCAUUUCACUUCUCUAGCCAUGCAAUAAACAUUGUUUAUACGGGAUACGUUCGACUAUGUGUUUUAUUUAUCCUACAGUGGCUUUCAAAUUUUGUCUUGUCCAUUUCAUAAAAAGAAGCAUUUUCCCAGGUUGAUACUGCAUUACAUUUUUAUAGUUUGAUAAAGUAUAAAUGAGCAGAGACAGUAUUUUCUCUAAGAUAUGUGUAAAAUCUGUAUUUACCUACAACCAAAGAAUGCAAAAAGGUCUUUUCUGUAAUAAGUGAUGUUUUCUUUUCCCUUUUUUUCUUUCUUUCUUUCUUUCUUUCUUUGUUUGUUUUUUUUUGUUGUUUUUUUGUUUUGUUUAGAUUUUAUUAAUGUAAGUGUUCAUUUUACACAUAAGCGUUACUCUGUGCUUGAAUAUAUAAUGUGAAUUAAAUAAAGAAAUAGGAUUCAACAUUG